AUGGAGUCCGCCACUCUUCUCCGUUCUUUCAAUAAUUCUGUCAGCACAUAUUCCCAUUUGAGAACUGUUAUUGAAAAACCGGGCAUGCUUAUCAUGAAUACUGCAGCCUUUUCCAGCAAUAGGAAAUUCCCUGCCUGCAGGGGAAGUGUUACUUCAUUCAAAAACAGGAAUGGAUCUUUGUUUGUCUCAUGUGUGAAGACUUCUGACACUACUUUGACAGCAAAGUCUAAUGGUGGGUUGUUUAAUCAAAUGAUCGUGAAGAAUGGAAAGAAAUGGGUUGGAACCUUUGAAAUCCAUAUGAAGCGGAAAAUUGAUGGCCCAGCUAUCCCUGCACCUGUUGCUCCCCAAGCAUCUGCACCACCAGUUCUGAGCAAACCUGAUCCAACUCCAGUUGCCCUCCAACCCUUGCCUAAUCCUUCUUCAGAAAAGGUCAGCCCAUUCACAAAUGUCUCAGUGGAGAAGGCAGCCAAGCUGGCGGCCCUAGAGGAUUCUGGAUUCAGCAGCUAUGUUAUUGUUCCAUCACCCUCGGUGGGUUCUUUCCGAAGAGCCAUGAAGCUUAAAGGAAAGGAGUCCCGCCAACCGGCUUGUAAAGUGGGUGAUAUGAUCGAGGAAGGCCAGGUGAUAGGCUUUCUGGAUCAGUUUGGCAGACAACAACCUGUCAGGUCAAGUGUGGCGGGAGAAGUCUUGAAGUUCCUUUACGUUGAGGGUGAAGCUGUGGGUUUUGGAGAUCCCAUCAUUGCCGUCUUGCCUUCUUUUCAUGGUAUCAAGUGA